UCGGAGCCUUCGGUUGUGUAGCGGUGUUGUUAGGCUUCUAGGCGAAAGCUGAGCUGCCACAGAUACCCAAGCAAAAUAUAUAUAUAAGUGUCUAUAUGUAAAUGUUGUGUGUAGAUAAGUAGACGCUGGGCAGUGAAAAAAGUGAAGUGAAAAAUAAAAUGACCAUCUGGAUGGUAGAAAAGUAGAAUUCAAAAAUAUAUUCAUGAAUAGUAAAAUUAUAAAAUUGCAAGUUGAUGAAUUUGCUCUUUCCGGGACAUGCAUUGGCAGUGUGCUUGAAAAAAGUGCGCCUAGUAGAAAAUGCAAAUGAUGGCUUGGUCUUGGAAGUGUAAACAAUAAAGUGAACUGCAUAAUAACAAUUAUAACAAUGGUCUAAAGCUUCCCUUUCGUGUGCUUAUAAAGAAUUUCUGCAUUUAAUUGAAAAAUGCAAAUUAAGGUGUGGUGAUUUAUGCAACUUCUACGCCGAUUCUCUCAUUCCAAAGCAGCUAAAUCGCAGCGCAAAGAGGUUGCGAAAGUAGUACCGAAAGAGAAUAGAAAUACUGUAUAAAUAAAUAAACUAAACAGCGCUUAGUGAAAAGGAGGCAAGUGUUAUAUGCAUAAAUAGUGAUCAUAUUGAACAGAGUUUUACAAAGUGAAAUCUUCUGUUAAGAUAUUUUGGUAAAGAUAUUGUAGAAGCAAGAAAGAGCAAGCGCGCUCUCCAUUGAACUACAAACACGUUCAGUUUGAGACCUGAAGUUUCGUUGAGUUUUUGACAUUUUACUUGGCCAGUGUUUUGACAUUUGCUGACAAAUAGUUUGGUGCAAAGUUGAAGGCGAAUUCACGCUUUUAAUCAGCGACAUGUGAGUGUGAAAUAAAAAAAAGCAUAAAAAUCAAAUGUUUAUAUGAACGAGUGUAAAAUAGAAAUUUUACUAAGGAAAUUGCAUUAAUAACAAAGUGGCAAAGUGACCUAAUAAAUAACCUGAUAACCAAACAUAGUCCAACAUUAAUUUGAAAUAUUUCGCUCUGCGACGCAUUGUUGUAUCGAUCCACAACAUUGUAAUCAUCAUUAUCGCCAGCAACAUUAACGCGACUUUAACGUCAGAAGCAGCCACCAUCGCCGCCUGCCGCCUGCCGCCUGCCUAGUGUCGCACGCCAAGCCACACCGUUAACGUCGCUGCCAACAGCAGCAGCAAUCGGCACUAAAGCAACAGUAUUUAUGUGUUGAUGUGUGUGCGUGUGUGUGUGUGAUGGGAUGCUGAUUGCCAGUGCCGAAGCAGCAUUUUAUCUAUGUGUCUGUAACUGUGCUGGUGUGUUUGUGUGAGUAAAAGUGGUGGAAGCAUUCGCUGAAUUUGCUUUACCGUUCGUCUCAACGCUCAACGUGCGCAUUUGUCGUUCAGCAGUCGUGCGUAGCAGCAGUGGGAGUUGAGAGCCAAGUGAAAAUAAUUCCAAAAAUAUUGCAUACUUUUCAGAGUUAUUGUACAGAAAGUGAGUAGGUGAAAAGUUUUGUAGCUAAUAAAAUUAUUAAAAAAUGGCAAUUUAAAAAGUGCGAAAGUUGGUUAAUACAAAGUGCAAGAAAAGUAUAUGCUGCAAAAUAUGUGCGAGAAGUGAAUUAUAACCAAAAUAACAUAAAUUGUAACAGAACACCCCAAAAAAAAGGCUCGGCAAACUUUCGAAAACUUUUUAAAACUAUUUUCAUGGGAUCCGUAGCAGCGGACAACUGCAUUGUUGUUUGAUAUUGUGCUAAAAAGUAGGAUUCUUCUAAUUUUCCACAUUUUCCGGAGCCUUGAACUCAUCCAAUAAAGCAUUGCCUGUGUGAAUUCGUGUGCUAAGGUUGAAGGGGAAAAUUUAAUUUUUACGCAGCAAAAUUCGCAUAUAAUAUGUAGCAAAAUAAUCGAAAGACGUGCAAAAAGUGUAAAAAUAUAUACAUAUUAUACAAAGCCAGUCGUUACAAGUUUUCGCAUUCGUCGUCGUUUAUUCGUGUAACAGCACAACAGCCUGUUUGAACUUACGUACAUACAUAUGUGUAUAUGUGUGUGUAUGUAUGUAUGUGUCUGCCCAAAUGUGAAUGUAGCUGUGCGUUUGACUUUUCUCGUUACUAAAGUCUUUUCGUGGCAAACGACCAAGGCAGCGGUUUAGAAAGUGGGAAUUGUGAAAAACCAGCUGUAAAAGAUUGCGAAAAGUGAAAAUAUUUCUACGAAUUUUUUUGAGCUUCACUUCGAAAAUUACACAAAAUAUGCACGUACAUUCACGCACGUAUUUACGAAAGCAUACGAUUUUAUCAUUGUACACGCUUUUUAAAGGAGAGUCGAGAAGUUUAAGCAAAUUUAAAAACUUAAAACCAGUACGACUGUAAGGGAAACAGAGCACAAAAAAUAAUAGUCGAAUUAAAGCAGUCAUAAACUAACUAUAAAACUAUUCUCCUUACAAACAACAAUUAAGCACAUACUUACAUAUAUUAAAACACAAAACGACAUUACAAAGCAUUGAAAACACCCAAAACUUCUGCAGUUGUCGCAGUCGAGAGGGAAAAUUAGCACAGCAGCAGCGGCACUAACAAAUCUUACAAUCAUAGGUACUUAACGAAACUGCGACUAGAAACGACAAAAACAAAAACGAUAUAAUAAACACAGACUGGCAGCCAGCAGCCAGCAGCCUAACAAGUCAAAGAGAGCGCAAAAUUAAGCAGCUGAAACAAGAGAAUAAGUAUUAGAAGAGUACCUGCAGCCUCCUUGGUUUGAAAAAGUGAACGAAGAAGCUUCGCCGUGAAGCAUCCAAGUGGCGCAGUCGCAGUCAAAACGCCUGCAUGUUUGAGUGUACGCGAAUGUCAAAGUAAACAAACUUUGACAGCUGAGUAGGACAAAGUGAAAACACAACCCAUCACAGUCAUCUGUAAUUAAAGAGUGACAUCUGAUUGAGCAAAUCGAAAAUUUUAGCUCGCUUUAAAACUUAAAAGUAAAGUAGACAACAACUGUAGUGUAGCGAAAGUGAAAAGUUACUUAUUGGCGUCGAACCGAAUCAAAAUAAAGCUUAAUUAAAUUGUGACCUAUUUCGCGAAGUUUCUGUACAUAUCAUUUCUUAAACACAGCAGGUGUUGCCAGCAAACUCGAGUUGAACAGAUGCAUCAAUUGGCAUUUGCGCUUGUAUGCGUAAUUUGAGUGUCUAAACUGAACGUCUAACAGAACACUUUCACAUCGAUCUGGUGAAGCUUUUUUUUCUGGGAAAUUUAAGAUUUGAAGAAGAGUUCUCUGUAAGAAACAAAAAAAAAACAUUCAAUAAACUAAGAACAUGGGCGCCAAAGAGAGUGUUGAAGCUGCCGCGAAAAUGAAUGCGGACGGUUGGGGUCACGUAGAGCGCGGUAGUCGUUAUCACGCUCAUCGUCACAACCAACGUUCGCAGUCCUUAAAUCGCGGUCAAGCGCUUUCUCAAGCAGAUGUAAGCGGAAUGUGGUGACAUCGGGGUGCCUCUGGUAAAGCUGCAGGAGGUCAGGGUGGUUGUGCGAGCUGCGCCAUGGGUAACAAGUUGAGCUGCUCCUGUGCGCCAUUGAUGCGCAAGGCGUAUCGCUACGAGGACUCUCCAUGGCAGACAUCACGUCGGCGUGACGGGCAUUUAUUAAGUUCAUUCAGGUUGUGGGCUGAGGUAUUUCAUGUUUCGGCAAGUGGCGCCGGUACCGUUAAGUGGCAGCAAGUAUCUGAAGAUUUGGUUCCUGUUAACAUAACCUGCAUCCAGGAUUCUCCAGAAUGCGUAUUUCAUAUAACGGCCUACAAUAGUCAGGUCGAUAAAAUAUUGGACGUUCGACUCGUUCAGCCAGGAACUCGCAUUGGCCAAGCAUCAGAAUGCUUUGUGUACUGGAAGGAUCCGAUGACCAAUGAUACGUGGGGUCUUAAUUUCACUUCACCAAUCGAUGCAAAACAAUUCCGAGAAUGUUGUUGCGACGUUUUACAGUCGCCUUCUUUCAAAUUUUCACGAAAGGCCUCGUCGAGUUACUCGCUGAAAUUGGAUCCGCCCGGCAAGGGAAAAAUCAAGGCCAAGCGAAAGCCGUUGAGCACACCGGCAUCGCCGUCGCGCGUACGGAGCGAACCGCAAUGCACCUGCAUGUCGGCCGAACAGUAUGCCCGUCUCCGGACCGAUCCCAGAGUACGAGGUUCAUCCACUUUGCCACGCUCAGUAGGCUCUCGCAUAACCGAUGUCGAUGUUGGUGGACAACAGAAGGUGAUGGCAAAUGCCACCAGCAGCACUUCAUUGUACGAUAAUGUUGCCAGCAGUGGUGUAGGAGCUCAAUCCAUGAAUACACUUGGCGGACAAGACACAUUGGGUCGCCAAGUAAAAUCACAACAAGAUGCGAAUAUCGCCGCCUCGAAUGCAGGUGUGAACACGGGCACUCCUAGCGUUAUGGUUUCCGGAGUUGCUACUGGCACAAAUGAUUUAUGCACACAAAAUCAUGUUGGCUCGCAAGUGGGUCCAGACGAUGGACUUGUUGGCGGUCAGCAAGACAUGGAUGUGUCGAAGAAUGAAGGCACUCAAGUUGGUGGGCCAUUGCACCAGAAUGUUGGCACCUCCACGAAGUCUACCGGCACACGCACUAAGGAUUAUAUGGAUGAAAUGACACGUGAUGCACGCGCACAUGACAUGCACCAGCACCAGCACAACAUAAUCAACAACAACACCAGACGCAAAACCAAGAGCACCGAGGACAUGAACGUUGACACCAGCACCCUGAAACGCAUGCUAAAGCCCAUGCCCAGUACUGAGAGUCCCGUUACUUCGCCGGAGAUGGGACGGCGCCGUUAUAAUUACUACAAUGCUAAUGUGGCCAAUACUCUUGGGCCGCAACAUAUGCAUCAGCAUGGAGGCGGCUUGGGCAUGGGAAUGGGCAUGGGCGGUGGCGGUGGACCUGGUGGUAUGCACCACAUUAUGAACAACAACAAUACCAUGGGACGUGUGAGCGGUCAGUCGUCGAGAUUCUCUGGAUCUAGAUCAUCUCAUGAAAUUGGUCGUGGAUAUCCACAACGAAAUCUGUACUUGGAAUUGGAACGCGAACGCAGCUGCAUUGAGGGCUCGCCACCCUCCGACAACGUCAUGUUUGACAAUCAGUGCUAUGCCACGACGCCCAGCUCUAGCAACGGCAACUCCGACCAGGAUCAAUCGUAUGGUCAACGUAACGCCGGUGGAGGUCGCCAUCAACAUCAUCAUCAAGCACCAAAUGUCACCCCCACCCCAGGCAGUCCAACAUCACGUCUACUACUCGAAUAUGAAAUGCAUUUGAGAAACACCUUGGCCAAGGGCAUGGACGCUGAAUCCUACAGUUUGCAUACAUUUGAAGCUUUGCUCUCACAAAGCAUGGAGAAUUUGGAACUCGCUGAAAGCCUGCCUGGAUCAACACAGCGCAGUCCAUAUCCAAUGCGUAGGCCAAGCGCCAAAUCCUCUACUCUCCCAUUGCCACCGCAUCGUCCAUUGUCUACGUUGCGCGACAAAGAACGCGAUCGUGAGCGCGACGGCUAUUAUAGUGAUCGCAAUGAGCUUAUACGCGAAAGAGAGCGCGAGAGAGAACGAGAUCGCGGCUACCUCUCUGAUCAUAACACAAGCUUUUCAACAUCUCGUUGCGCCUCUUGCAUUGGCGAAUCGGCUCGCGCUCAAUGGUUUCGCCACUCGGAUGGCUGGCGCUCUGGCAGUUCGACUAUUGGUUCUGGCUCUGGUCAGGGUUUAAUGUCACAACAAACUACGGGCUCGGGUCAUAAACGUUCACCAUGGGACUCUUUGCCCUCUUUGCGACAGGACAGUAGUCUGAAUGAUUCUGGAUAUAAGAGUGCACGUGCUGAUUCGCUUGAACAGCGCGCUGAAUUCAUACGUCAAGAUAGCUUACGCUCAGAUUAUUUAAGUGAUCGAGACUCUCGCUAUGGCAUCGUACAACAGGCUUCCAUUGACAGCACUGAUUCGCGGAUGUGCUAUUUAACAUCGUCAGAGGAUAAUAUCGUUCGUACAAUUCUUGCCGUAUUUCUAGUAAAUUAAACUAAUACAAAACAGAAAGACACUACUCGAUUCGGUCACA